UUGUUACAGGGUAUUACAUGGUCUUCUGAUUUAAUGGUUUUGCUGUGCAACAGGUGCAUGACAGAACACAAACACUGAGUCACAGGAAUAUUCUUUCAUCAAUAAACGGGAGGACAAUGAGUUCCUGAUCUCUUUAAACAGAAUACUCACCUAUGGACUACACACAGACUGAGGCUCCGCCCUCAUAUGACUCCGUGGUGAAUCAGAACACAUGUCCACCUUCAUAUCCGAGUCUUCAGGCAUUGUCGGCCACCCAAAUCCAACCAUACUACAUACCUCAGCCAAUACCACAAACACCUGCACCGUGUUUAGUUGAGACAAUUCCACCACAGAGAAGACAAGUUCUCUUGUACAGGAGCAAAAGGAGUUGCUAUGGCGGGUCGGGUGGUUCUGCUUUUGUAGUAGUGCUGCUUGUAAUUGCUGUUGGGCUGGGAGUGCAUUAUGGACCAUCGCUGUGGGCUCUCUCAGACAAAGAUAUGCAAAUCGAAACAUGCUCCCCCUCAUCGGUCAACUGUGAUGGGAAGAGAGACUGUUCUCAAGGCAGUGAUGAAGCUCGCUGUGUGCGGUUUGGAACAGCAAAUGAAUUGCUGGUCAUGACCUCUAAAGCUGGGAGUUUCCUUCCUGUCUGUGCACAAGGCUUUAGUAAAGACACAGCAGACCAAACCUGCCAACAGCUUGGCUUCAGGCAAAGUUAUGCAAAAGGUGUCUUACAAAGCAACUCAUCCUCCUUUCAAAGUGUGAACAGUCUGUUUUCAAACACGAUCCAAGGAAGCGUUGAAAUCAGUUCAUCCUGUCCUCAUCAGCAGACUGUGUCCCUGUCGUGUUGCGAUUGUGGAAGGCCACCGGUCUCCACCAGGAUCAUAGGGGGAACUGUGGCUGUUGACGGUCAGUGGCCAUGGCAGGCUAGCCUGCAUUUCCGUGGGUAUCACACAUGUGGGGGUACUCUUGUGGCUCCAGACUUCAUCAUUACAGCUGCUCACUGCUUCCCCCAAGAAACAUCUGACUAUCUGUUGCCUAGUAACUGGAAAGUGUAUAUUGGUAUGGUGUCCCAGCUCAAGCUUCCCAGCCCAUAUAACGUCAAACAAAUUAUUGUACAUGAGAAUUACGAUCCAGAGACAAAAAACAAUGAUAUUGCCUUGUUAAAACUCAACAGACCUGUCAGUAGCAUACAGUCUGCCUGUUUACCUGUGUUUGGCCAGACUUUUUUUCCUGGCAGUCAGUGCUGGACCACUGGUUUUGGAGUUACAAAAGAAGGGGGUGACAGUGGUUCCACUUAUUUGAUGGAGGUUGCAGUAGACUUGAUUGACUUAGCUGAAUGUAACAAACCUACUGUUUACAGUGGACUAAUAACUGAGACUAUGCAGUGUGCUGGAGAUCUUAGGGGAGGAAAAGACUCCUGCCAGGGGGACAGUGGGGGUCCAUUGGUGUGUAAGGCUGAUAAUCGUUGGUAUCUCACUGGUGUAACAAGUUGGGGAGAUGGCUGUGGAAAGAAAAACCGUCCAGGUGUUUAUAGUAACGUAGGUCGCCUUUUAACGUGGAUACAAAGCAAGAUGCAGCAAGAGCGACCAUAAUCCAUUCUCAACCAUGAGGAACAAAACCUCUCAUUCUUCUUUGCUGUGUACAAUUCACAGACAAACUUUUUUCUCAUUUUAUUUUUAAGUGAAAGAGUAAAGUUGACUUGCACUUUUUCAUUUUUAGAGAUGAAAAUUCACUAACUGUACUGAUAAUGUAUUAUUAAUUUACAUUAAUAGAAAUGGUUGACAUAUUUUAUUCAAUUCUGAUGUUUUUCACAUGCUUUGAAAAUGUUUGUUGGCAACAUGAAAUGUCUCAACAACCCUACGCACCCAAAUACAUAUACAGUAAAACAAUGGGCAAAGAUUUCUUUAUUUUUUUUUUUUACAAAAAAACGUAAUAAACUUGUAAAAUGCAACUUUAUGUUAACUACAUUAAGAUUUUAUUUCUCUAUGUAGCUAUUUUUGUUGUUUGUAGUGGAGUGGAGUGGAGUGUUGAGGUGUACUGAGAAAAAAGUAAAGUUGUUGGUUCAAACAGACUAAGAAUUAGUACAGGAGCUAUUACCUUUGUGCCCUUGCUGUGAACAUGGCAUAACCUUUGAUUGCUCAAUGGGGACUGUCCCUGUAAUAGAUAUAAUGUCAUGCAAUUUGGAAAAAAGCAUCAGCUGAAUGACAAGUUGUUAUACUAACAGAUUUAUUACAUAACAGAUGGAAAAUAAAAACAAUAAAUGUAUUACAAGCGAAAUACCAGUUGUGAGUGCUUU